AUGCAGGCUAUUCCUCCUCCUGACCGACUAUGGGCCUGGUGCCCAGGCGUAUACCACGAUGAGCAGGGCCGUGUGUGGGUGGCUGUGCUCAGAAAAGAUCCAGAGACGGGUAUCCUGUGGGCCAGGGUGCGGGCUGAGCAGGUCCCUCUGGGGGAUUCCUGGACCCGGAGUCAGUUCCCCCUCUCACCCCUACCCCAUCUGUGGCAGUGGUGCCCUUGUGGACUCUACCGUGCAGCUGGGGGGAUAGGAGAAGAUGAAUGGUGGCUGGAGAGCCAUCAGGUGGUCUCUGGUGUCCCAGAGAUACUUCUCCGCCAACUACACAGAUGAGGCCAUAGCAAAGUAAAUACCUGAGGCUGGCAGCACCUCUUGGGAGCAGGCCUGGUUUGAGAGUUUUAAAUAUAUAUACUUUCUAACUCUCUUUCUUUCCCUCAUUUUUUCUUUG